AUGUCAUACAACGGUAUCAAGGUCAAUAAUGAUAAGAUCCCUAAAGUGACAAGUUUUACAAGCUAUCGUAAUUUAAUCGAUGGAACCGCAACCGAUGGCAUCCCUUCAUCAUUUACGUGGAAUAACUAUAACAAUGAUGGCUACGUUUCUGGAAACAAACGAUUGGAAUGUAAAAUAUUACCGUACUGUUCCAAUUAUUUUUCAAUUCGUGAAUUAUCAAAUCAAGAAAACAAGGUUCUGAAUUUCAAGAAUCCGAUGCAAAAUUUUACUUUCCCAAAUACCUCUCCACCGCUAUCAUAUUCACAUGAUCAAAAUGAAUUUAAUACAUUCAAUGAUCAACUGGCGAAUGCAAAUUUAAGUAAAGAAAAUGAAUAUUUGUUGAAGAGAUAUUAUGAAAAUCAAAAGCCCAGCACCUUUGCCAAUUUGAGAAGGAAUAGCGUUUUAAGCUCUUCUGAUUCAUCAAAACUACAGAAUGAGAAAUUGGUUGCAAUUUCGAUAGUAAAAGAAUUUAUAACAAAUCCUAAGUUACCAAAUUCCAUGCUCUCUCAGAUUUGUGCCAUUAAACCGGACAUGAUUACGACACAUGCUGCUUCUUCAUUUUUUAAGUAUGAAGAAAAAUUAGCUACGAUAAAUGUGCAUGAUUGGAAUGUUUUUGAUAGACAAACACUGUGGGUUCCUUCUGUUCGAGAAGACUUAAGAUACCUUUUACUUGAUCAAAUUAGACUGAAGCGUGAAGGAGAUUCAAGUAAGCCUGUUAAUAAAGAAGAUCCAUGUGAUAUAAUAUCUUCGAAACCAAUAGAAAAAACCGCACCUCUAUUUAUUGAUGGAGAGAAGUAUAUUCCAGAAGAGUAUGAUUCCUAUCUUGGUUCAAGUUUAAUAUCUUCCACAUUUUCAGAAUUUAAAAUGCCCGCAUUAGUUUAUCACACUGCUAUCGAAUUGAACGGCCAUAUUUACGUUCUUGGCGGAUUGUUACCUUCCUACAGGUAUGACGAAGAGGCGCCCAAUCUAGAUGAUUUCAUUGUUGACGGGAUCAAUAAUUUACCCCCUCCUCUUUUAUCAAGCGUAAUUAAUAAUCCCGCAAUGUUGAGUAAUCCAUGUCUUUUUGACAUAUAUGCUUUCUCUUCACGUGUUACGAAACCUGAUAUUUCUGGUAAUCUUCCACCACCAUUGUUAUGUGCAAAAGCUAGCAAAUUGACUGAUCGAUAUUUAUUCUUUUACGGUGGUUUCGAAGUCAAAGUUGAAACUAAAUUUGAUGAACUUAUUAACAAAUACAUAAUUAAAAAAAGGAUUAUGGUAAAUAGCAAUGGAUUUGUUCUAGAUACAAUGACUUUUAAAUUUACCAAAAUAGAUGUCUUAGUACAGAAGGGGAUGCCAUCCAAAUUCACAAAUGAUUAUCAUGUAAAACAAACAGAUACGGCAUUUGAUUUGACGCCUAGAUUUGGUCACUUGCAAGUUUCCUUCAACAAAGAUGUUGAUGAAUCACAAAGCAAUAAUGGACGAAAUUCUACUACUGUCACAAUAAUAAUUUUUGGUGGUUACAGACAAACAACUAAUAAUAGGUUUGUAGCAAUGAAUGAUACGUGGAAAAUAGAUAUUCCAAUUAUAUCAAGAAAUAAAAGAGGAUAUUGUGAGUUUGGUAAAACAGCGACAGCAGCAAAAUUAAUAGUUGAUGAAGAAGAUCAGCUUUUGCCUUCAGAAAGAGCCUUUUUCGGUUACUGUUUAUACAACAAUUAUCCUUGUACCAAUUUCUCGAUUUAUGAAAAGCAAUUAUUGGAUGAUUUGAAACAAAAUUUUGAAUUCAAUGGUGCUUAUGACAGUGAUCUUGAUUUCGACCCAGAAACAUUUAUGAAUAAAGAAGAUCUUGAAAAUAUAAGAAGAAUUGGUGUCAAUACUAACGAGAAACGUGGAGGCAAAAAUAGAACGGAUGUACCGAAGACAAUAAUUAUUCAUGGGGGGUCUAAUAACUUUGAUGUCUUUGGGGACUUAUGGUGGUUUGACCUAGAAAGUCUGACCUGGAACAAGCUAGACAUAUCUGCAAAAAUUAAUGGUACUUUACAACCCGUAGAGUUAAAACUAGUGGGUCAUACCAUGGUUAACAUUGGUCAUGUGGCCAUAUUUUCUGGUGGAUUAUUAGAAGAAGAUAUUGAGGAACUGUACUUUGGAAGGAAAAAUACAAUUGAAAGGGACAAUCAAAUUUCUCUGAGUCUGCAUUUUUUAAACACUAUUGAUUUACAUAACCUUCGUCUUCUUGAAAAAAAGUAA